GGGGAGUGGGGUAGGGAGGACAAACUUCAUGCUGACAGUGAACAAUGUUCCAUUCUUGCCUCCUCAGUCUGAGGGGGGCAGCUUUGCCCCUGGCCCUCCACUCCCGGUUCUUACACUACUGUAAAUGCAUACCCACCAUUCCUGCGUGCCCACCCCAGCUUGUCCCUACCCCAAUAUAGCACUCGACGGGCCAGUUACGUCACUGUGCCGCCCUGUCACCAGUGCGCAUGUCAGUUUUCAGGAAACGACAGGACAAACCUCUUCGCGGAGCUGGAGGGUGAAUGAAGUAAACACAGCGUUGUGCCAAGAUUACUGUGUAUCUAAUAAUGGCUGCCACAUCAAGACAAGAGAGCGAUACAGAAGAAGAUAUAAUGAAAGUUGUUCCAGCAAAGUACAUCACGACAGACUGCAGGAGGAAAAUGUCUGUUGUCUUGGAUGGACGUUGUGAUUUAGAAGAUCGAGACUACCGCUACUUUGCAGAGAGAAAUGGCUUGUUGCCUGAAAUAUGGCAGUGGCUAGAUGCCCAGAAGAUAGAAGGGGACACCAGCUCAUUCUGCAAAGUGCUAAAGUAUCUUAUAGAUGAGCAUGGUAAUUCCUUCACAGUGUUUCAUGUUUAUGACACUUUCGUGUCAUGGGAAGUGCAGCCAGAGAAGUCCUGUGGAAAGCUUGGCCAGAUAUAAAGAGGGCUUACUUUGCUGUGGAAAGCAGACCUGGUCAGGAGAAUACAGAAGCUUUUAGGUGCCAAUGUAUAAAAUGUGCACCAAGUAAUGAAAGUGUGUAUCCCAGCUCAGCACACACUGAGUACUCAAUCACAGUAGAGCACGUAGAAGCAGCUCAUGACAGUAAUCUCAAGGUCAGUAAUCCAUCUCCCUUUGGCAGCAAGGAUCUUUCCAUGGACACUAAGGGAGAAAAAAUCUACAACAGCCUUAGUCUUGUGGAGGAGAAGUCAAAACCACACAUGGGUUCUUUAUCAAAAACAAAGAUGUCUAUUGGUCUCCCCUUGAAUAUUGAACAAAAGAAGCAAAUGAGUCAUAGUGCAUUCCAGAGUCAUGUCACCCCUGCUUGUUCUUUGUGGCCAGGAAGAGCAUACGAACAGCCAAAUAUUAAACAACCUUUUCAAAGCUACCAAUAUGCACUUUGUGGAAACAGCAUUGCAAGUAUGCCUAUUUGUUAUCAUCCAGCAUCUGCUAUCACUUGUUACCAUGGGAUUGAAGAACAACUGCACCAGUUUGUGUAUGACCCACCUAGUUAUCGACCACCAAGCUUGACUCAAGAGAGAGUAUUCAGUUCAGGAUUACCGUGGGAUGGAAUUUAUCACAACACAGAGGUUAAAACUCUAAACAGUAACACAGAGGAUUCUAGACAUCAAAGUGUCUCCAAGACACAGAGGAAACAGAACAGUAGCCAGAGGUUGCAGUCUUUUCAAGAAGGAAAGAUCACCCCUGGAUCAUUGCAGGCAUCGUCACAUCAAAGACAUAAUUCUAAUGAUGGACGACUUGCACCAGAUGCUGCAGAGCACUUUGUUCUUAUAAUAAGUGGAGAUACAGACCAGAAGGCAGCAAGCUGUAGCCAAGUUCAACACUUCUGUCAAGUACUUAAGGAUUUUUUGGUGCCUCAUGUAGCCAUUGUGCCAACAAUGGAAUGUCCAGUCUUCUGGCUAACAGAUAAACAGAAAAAAGAACUUAUUCUUCCCAACCAGACAAGAGCUGCUUUCUUGAAAAACUGCUAUAAAAAGGCCAAAAAGAUUGUGAUUGCUGUGUCACCCAACUUUGUGAGAUACUCAGAUUCGAACAGCAGUGGCAACACACCUGCAAAUGAAAAAUGGCAACCAUUUAUUCAGUGGAUGUUUAAGGAAAUGUAUGCCGAACAUGUGGAUGAGAGGCGCAAAACACACCGCCUGUGGCCUGUACUGCUUACCACAAUGGACACAGAUCGUCAACAUAUCCCUUGGUUCUUGUCGCAGGUGCUAUACUACUAUUUUCCCAAGAAGCAAGGCUCAGAAGAUGUGGCAGAACUAUUGCAAACAGAAGUCCGUACACAUUCAUCAGAGGAGUAAAUCAUAAACAUAACCUUGAUCAAAUGUUAAUGGCAUUCAGGGGAACUAAAGAAAAAAGAAAUACCUAUUCUUGAAGUAUUUGAUGACUAGAGAGAGAAAGGUAGCAUGGGCUGUGAGAGCUGGGACUGGAAGUGUGGGGUGAUGGGCGUGAAAACACACGUCACUCUGAGUCAUGUCAUGUGAUGUGGAACCCUGUAAAAGAACAAUUCAUCUUGUUUGUGAUACCACAAAUUGACAGGGUAGUCAGGAGCGAUAGGAUGGACACCAUUUAAAAAAAAGUGCAUAAGAAAGUCUAUCAGCUGUUACAUUAAAAAUUUUAUUUUGUGGCUUAUUUUUUGAGUGACGUAUGCAACAUUAUAAACUUUCUUAAAGUGAUAAUGUAGUUCAUAUCAGUUGUUCAAAUCAUUUUUAGCUUAAACAGCUAGAAUGAAAUAACAGAACUCUUAGACAGUUCGUUCUUAUGUUGUAAUGGAGUCUAUCAUCAUACAUUAGCUUUUAUACAGUUAAACUUGAUCUGCACAUGCUCACAUAUCUGUGCUGAUGUAUUUGCACGAAUAUUUACCGUGUUUGCUGUGCUGUUUAUGGUGUUGAAGACAGCAAAGCCUAUUUGCACAUUGUACACUCAUAAAAAUAGUUUUUUUUUUUGACUUGCUAUAUAGUUGCAAAGCAUGUAAGUUGUAAGUAAAGAGCGUUUUCACAUAACUGGCAGAAAAUCAUGUUAUCAGAUUACUAUUGAUAUGUGAGGCUCAUGCCAGUGAUUGUUGUUAAUAUAUGUAAGUUGCAAGUUACCAAACAAGUAAUCAAAGUAAGUUAUAUUUUUAAAUGUGCACUAAUGUGUUAAUACAGAUGAAUCAACAUAAUUGAGCUUUAACUAUGAAGACAUUCGCGUCUGUGGGUUGAGGUGUAUAGGAAAAGUUAAUAGACUUAGUUCUAAACUGUUUGAAUAUAAAAUGUAAAAUAUAAGUUUUAUAAAAAGAAUAUAAAAUAAGUUUUAAAAAUAUGAGUAAAAAAUAAAAAAAUCCAGUGUCCCAGUGAUUAUCACUGGAAUUGGUUUGCUUUGUUGAAGGUGAUAUUUUAUAUAUGUUGAGCUUUGGUGUAAAUCUUAUGUGUUCCAAAUGAUGUAGUUCUGUGCAGGUAUCCCAGAAGGUUUUUCUCGUGCAGAAUGAUUCUGAAGUGGUAUACAGCAUUCCAUUAACUUUGUGACUUAAUUUUAUACCUGUUUAUAGUUGUGAUAAUUACAACAUUUACUGAGAAUUA